AUGGCAGCUGCAGAUCUACUGGUGGUGAUUACAGAGGUGAUUCUGAAUCGCACUCUUUCCUUUUACUUCCCAGACUCUUCACUGGAAAUCACUCCUGUGUGCAGCUGCAUUAUUGUCUUAAUCUGUACAGCGAGGGACACAUCGGUUUGGCUAACCGUCGCUUUCACUCUCGAUCGGUUCAUAGCCAUUUGUCACCAGAAACUGAAAGCAAGGUAUUGCACUGCAAAGACAGCAACUUCAGUGAUUGCAGUGCUGUGUCUACUGUUCUGUCUGAAGAAUAUCCCCUGGAUUUUUAGUUUUGAACCUGCCUACAUCAUUGACAAUGUACCAUGGCAGUGCCAAUCAAAACCCAUCUUUUACAUAUUGCCCGUGUGGAUUGCAUAUGACUGGGUACAUCGGCUGCUAACCCCUGUGCUGCCUUUUAUCUCUAUUUUGCUUUUUAACGUUCUGACAGUCAGACACAUUUUACAGGCCAACAGAGUACGGAAAGGAUUGUUGUCCAAGCAAGGAGGAGAUCAGGUGGAUCCAGAAACAGAGAACCGAAGGAAAUCCGUGAUUUUACUCUUUGCCAUAUCGGGCAGCUUCAUCGCUCUGUGGAUGCCCUAUGUCAUUAAUUUCUUGUAUUACCGAGUUACAAGCACUUAUUAUUACACAGGUCCAACUGACCCUGGUUAUAUUCUGCAGCAGAUAGGUUAUCUGUUUCAACUGUCCAGUUCUUGUACAAACACGUGCAUUUAUGUUGUAACUCAGGUGAAAUUCAGAGAGGAGGUGAAAAAGAUUGUCAGCACUCCAUUUAUGCCAAUUCUGAAAUUGCUUGAAUAA